AUUCGUCACGUAUGGAACAAGCCGCGUUAUUUCAGCUCGACGUAGGCCGACGCAGCCAAGCAACAGGGAAAGCAGUUAAGCUAGCUAACUAACAGCACAACUUUCCUAUUUAUCAGUUCCUGUGAUAGUUCUCCAAACGACUUAUCCUUGGUCAGUUUAUCCGGGAGGAGAAAGGCAGAGAGCGGCUACGGUUUAUCUCCUCCCGUUGCUCGCCGUCAAGCAAUUACCGAGAAGUUAUCUCGGGAUAAAUUAGCCAGAUUUGCGACACGAAGUAGGUCACACAGCUACUUGUUCGGUCCAGAUUCGACGUUGAGGACGACUUUACUGUUACACGGACAUGGUUCUCCUGAAAAACAUCCACCCUCCCACCGAGGGAGUGCGGCACGAGCAAGCCGCCACCACGGCGGUGCUGGACGGGCAGAGGCUGGGCUGCGGCACGCUGUACGUCGCCGAAACGCGCUUGUCGUGGUUUGAUGGAUCAGGUUUGGGUUUCUCUUUGGAGUACCCCUCCAUCGGUCUCCAUGCCAUCUCCAGGGACGUGAGUGCUUACCCCCAGGAACACCUGUACGUCAUGGUGAACGGAAAGCUCAGCGGUGAGAAUGAGGCGGAAAUGGCCGAGAAAGGAGCUGGUGAUGACGGCAAUGACAGCGGCGGCAGCAGCGACGGGGAUGAUGACGAUGAUGAAGGGAUGAUCACAGAGAUUCGGUUUGUGCCGACCGACAAGACGUCAUUGGAGUCCAUGUUCUCAGCCAUGUGUGAAUGCCAGGCCCUUCAUCCCGACCCGGACGACGAAGACUCUGAUAAUGACUUUGAGGGAGAGGAGUACGACGUGGAAGAAGCUGAGGCAGAGCACGGCCAUGCCGACAUCCCGACCUUCUACACGUGUGACGAAGGUUUGUCGGCGCUCACGCAGGAGGGCCAGGCCACGCUGGAGAGGCUGGAGGGGAUGCUGGCCCAGUCCGUCAGCCAGCAGUACCACAUGGCCGGAGUCAGAACUGAAGAAACAAAAGCCGAGUUUGAAGAAGGGAUGGAGGUGGAUGCUGCAGCGAUGGAGGCCGGUCAGUUUGAGGAUGCAGAUGUUGAGCACUAGUCGAAGUCGUGUCCAAACGAAGCACCAGUGGGAUCAGAGAAGAA